CCAACCAUGACUAGGUCAAAUCUUUGGGAUCACAUAUUCACAUUGCCAGUGUAGUGGACCAUAAUCUUAUAUAAUAACAAUUUUCUGUAAUGGAUUUGAAACAGAUGAUGGAACUUUGACCGCUGACUUGUUCAUUAAAAAUUUAAUUCAUGGCAAUGUUAAUUAUAUAUAUAUGGAAGGGGUUGCUGGAACCAAUUACCAGUGUGCAUGAAUGGAUCUUCUACUUGUUCAUACAUAAACUGAUAAACACACACAUCAACAGAUAUAAUGAUGAGGGUGAUGAGUAUGGUAUUAUAUUGUCGCUGUUUGGUGUUAAUGAUGAUGAUUUCGAUGGUGUGUUGCGGAAAGAGCUCAAUUUCGUCGCUAAUUAGCAGGCAGGUCUUUGAUUCCAUGUUCCUCCACAAGGACAACAUUGCCUGCCCUGCUAAAGAUUUCUACACUUACGAUUCUUUGUUGCAAGCAUCCACCUGCUUCCCAAGAUUCGGCAACACCGGGAGUUUGACCACCAGGAAGCGUGAAAUCGCUGCAUUUCUUGCCCAGGUGUCCCACGAGACCACCGGUGGAUGGCCCACUGCACCCGACGGGCCCUACUCAUGGGGCCUCUGCUUCAAAGAGGAGGUCUCCCCUCAGACCAAUUACUGCGACUCCACCAACACUCAGUGGCCUUGCUCUCCCGGUGUCUCUUACAAAGGCAGAGGCCCCAUUCAACUCUCCUGGAACUACAACUAUGGACCUGCAGGACGUGCCUUGGGAUUUGACGGCCUUGGAAACCCGGAAUUAGUAUCCAACAAUUCGGUCAUCUCAUGGAAAACAGCUCUCUGGUUUUGGAUGACGGAGCAGAAGCCCAAGCCCUCUUGCCAUAACGUCAUGGUUGGACGCUACAUCCCCACUAAGCAGGAUUUGGCUGCCAAUCGGACUGCUCCAGCUGGCUUUGGUCUCGUCACCAACAUCAUCAACGGUGGCCUCGAAUGUGGUAUUCCCACUGAUGCACGUGUCUCAGAUCGCAUUGGAUACUUCCAACGAUAUGCCAACAUCUUCAAUGUUCACACCGGACCUAACUUGGAUUGCCAGUAUCAGAAACACUUCUGAAUUAUUAUUAUUAUUACCACUUAUUACUAAUAAUAAUAUUAAUCAUGUUUCAACACCACUCUGUUUGUUUGUCUUCUUUCCAGCUUCAAUAGCUCACUCACCCGCAUCUUCAGUAACCGCCAGAAAACUAAUGCCAACCAUUUUGU